AUGGAUAUUGAAAAUUCCAUUGGACAUGGGAAAUUCACAAUAGAUAGUGUUCAUCUCGGUGUUGUUAGGUCCGGAUCACAUUGUCGUCCAACAUCGUACUCCGUUUUUCGUCUGGCACUUGCCGUUUUCGAUAUUAUGGGUGGCCAGCAAAGUAGCGCUAAAAGUGAUGGAAGUGCUGCUUCAAAACAUGCUGCUGGUGAUUGCUCACUUUUCAGUGCUGGAUGUACUGAAUCAGCUGACUGGGCUGAAUCGGUAGCCGCUAUAGCGAGCGUUCACGAUAGUGAUAACAUGGAACGCCGUCCAUCAUCCGUUGAUACAUUUCGUGCACUGCAUCAGCGUGAAAGCUCAUCGUGGAGUAGUCGUGAGGAUUUGCUGUCCGCAUCGAUGGGUGGAGGUGACGAUGCGACUUCGCCUUUAUUCAUCACACUUUAUGAUUUUCAUGGUGUUGGUGAAGAGCAGCUUUCAAUACGAAAAGGUGACAUGGUUCGGGUGAUUGGUUACAACAAGGCAGGAGAAUGGUGUGAAGCACGUCUUGCGGCUACUCGACAAUCCGAUUUAGCAAGUCAAAAGCGAAUUGGACAAAUUGGCUGGGUGCCAAGUAGCUAUAUCGCUCCUCUCAACUCACUUGAUAAACAUAGUUGGUAUCAUGGGAAGGUGUCGCGCAGCGAAUCGGAGUAUAUUUUGGGUAGCGGAAUCAACGGGUCAUUUCUUGUUCGUGAAUCGGAGACCAGCAUCGGACAAUAUUCGAUUUCUGUUCGAAAUGAUGGUCGAGUUUACCACUAUAGGAUUAACGUGGACGCGAAUGAUAGGCUAUACAUCACACAAGAUGCAAAAUUUAAAACUUUGGGUGAAUUAGUUCAUCAUCAUAGUGUCCAGGCAGAUGGUCUGAUUUGUAAUCUGUUAUUUCCUGCUCCUAAAAAGGAGAGACCUCCAUGUGUUUUCUCGUUAAGUCCAACUCAACCAGACGAAUGGGAGGUGGAACGUACGGAAAUUGUCAUGCACAAUAAAUUAGGCGGCGGUCAGUAUGGCGAUGUUUACGAAGGAUACUGGAAACGCCAUGAACGGACUGUUGCUGUGAAAACUUUGAAGGAAGAUGCAAUGGCUUUACAUGAUUUCCUAGCCGAAGCUGCUAUAAUGAAAGAUCUUCAUCACAAGAAUCUUGUACAGUUACUAGGGGUUUGCACACGAGAAGCACCUUUCUACAUAAUCACCGAGUAUAUGUGUAACGGUAAUUUGUUAGAAUAUCUAAGAAAAUCGGACCGAUCGAAGUUACCACCGACGGUGUUGAUGUAUAUGGCUACUCAGAUCGCAUCAGCAAUGGCUUAUUUGGAGUCGAGGAACUUUAUUCAUAGAGAUCUCGCAGCUCGGAAUUGUCUUGUUGGCAGCGAAAAUGUUGUAAAAGUAGCAGAUUUUGGCUUGGCACGUUUUAUGAGAGAAGAUACGUACACAGCUCACGCGGGUGCAAAAUUCCCGAUCAAAUGGACAGCUCCUGAAGGGCUCGCCUUCAAUACAUUCAGUACAAAAAGCGAUGUUUGGGCCUUCGGAGUCUUGCUUUGGGAAAUUGCAACGUAUGGUAUGGCACCAUAUCCCGGAGUGGACUUAUCGAAUGUUUAUUCUUUGCUCGAAAAAGGAUUCCGCAUGGAUUCGCCGCCUGGAUGCCCACCUAGUGUCUAUCGUCUGAUGCUACAGUGCUGGAUUUGGUCUCCUAGCGAUCGACCGCGAUUUCGUGAUAUACAUGCGAGUUUAGAAUCACUGUUCCCACAUUCCAACAUUGAUGAAGAGGUGGAUCGCCAAUUGGAAAAAUCCCGUCUCACUUCCCAACGUCGCUCCCGUCGCAGCGAUGUCGUUCCCGUAUCAGCGGUACGAUUCCAAGACACAAAUAAUCGACGCUCCUUCAGUGGAGCUGGCGCUUCUCAAAGAGCUUCCGCAGAAGUAUUUCCACCACCUCCGCUGCGAUCUUCGCAUCAUGAGUCAUCGCUACAGGAAUCAGCUCAACCAUCUCUUUCAUCGUUCCGCGAUCCAACUGCUGAUCAGCUUCGACCAACUCCACGUCAUCUACCGCUUCCAACUCCUCCACAAUCCUCUAAGCCCAAGUUGCUGAAGACAGCACUGAGCAACGCAUCUCAUUCAAUGGAUCGCGGACAAGGCAAUGAAGAGGUCCUUAUUUCACCACUUGCGGAGAAGAAUCUCCGGAAGGCCAUAAGUCGUUUUGGAACGUUGCCAAAAACUGAUCGAAUAGAUGCAUAUUUGGAAUCGAUGAAGAGGGAUCAACCAGACAACUCGGAUGUUGGUGACGCGGAAUCUACAGGAAUGGGCCAUGCCCUCUCUGAUGAUUCUUUGGAUGAGCUUCCUAUUCCUGAUCCUAUGGAGGGCAAGAGCCAGGUGCUAGUACAGUUGAAGUCCCGCCUAAAGAAAACUUCAUCGGAAUCACCAGUUUCUCCGGAAUCUAGCCAGUUUACGAGUAGUCCACCUGAGUCUUCUGCGCCACGAUCGAGUAAGCUUGUUGUCACUCGUCCAGCUCCAGAACCUCCUACUCGCUCCAACGCGGCAUCUUUACCAGUCCUUCCUAAGACGGAUAGUGGCAAGAAGAAAGUGGACAAGGUGGAUGGAUUUUGUCAAACGGAUUCGCAAACCACCGGUUGGAAGCCUAGACGGUCAGCAAAGCGCGGUCCUCUUGAAAGGCGCGAAGGAAAACUCGGCGAUGAACUGGCAGAAGGUGAACUAAAGGCCAGGAUUCGAACGUUACGUCAUGUUGAAAAACCAGAUGAUAAGAGCACGUCUGAAUUUGUUGCAAACUCAGCCGAUGAAACUGCCUCUACGUCAUCAGCAUCCGCGCCCGAAGUAGCUCGAGUUAGACAGCUUAUCACUCAGAAGGUUGCACCGCUACAGCAUCAUCGGCCCUUCUCUGUGCAGGCCUCCUCUGAUGAUUCGGACUCGUCCGCAUCCACCCUAGCAGUGAAUAUGAAGCAUGUAGAAAAACGAAACGGUGGCUCGGACUCUGACGGACCUCGCCCAUUCAGCACACUCCAAAGACCGAAGCUCAGAGAAGUAGUAUCGAAAGAUCGUGUUCCUUCCGCUAACGAAGAGCUCGAUUCGGGCAUGGUUCGCACUCAAUCGUUGAGAGACAUCACGACGAAAUUUGAGAAACUCACAGCGGCUCCGACUAAAACUCCAAUCUCAGUUCGCGGUGGACUUGUUGGGACAGCUGCGAACAAACGCUUUUCUCUUCUGGAAUCUAAGCCACAUUCCUCAUCUGUUACAUCAGAGACGAGUCCCAGUAGUAGUCCGGACGAUGUGGUUGCUACACCGCUGUCUAGUUGUGAACAGCAAAGUGUAAGUAAGGAAUCACUACUGGCCUUAUAUCGCACUCUCGAAGGAUGUAUGCGUGAUCUUCGCAACGAAAGAGUCGGACGCGUAACGCAGACAUCUCGUACUGACUCUCGACUUGCGAUGCUGAUCCGACUUAGCGACGUCAUGCAACAAUUUCACUCAACCUGUGCCAUCUACGCUGAACAAAUCACUCCGCAUAGUAAAUUCCGAUAUCGUGAGCUAUUAAAUCGUCUGGAAGUGUUUGUACGCCAGUUACGUACAUGCGCAUCCGGAUCGGCAAAUAAUCCAGACUUUGCUGAAUCACAUAUCCUUCCUCAAUUCGAGGUCACUUUUCGUCAAAUACUACAACUAAUCAACCGUUGA